AUGGCCAAAACCAGCUCCCUGCACUGCCGGGUGCUGGAGGGGAAGGACCUGCCCGCUAAGGACGUGUCUGGCUCCAGUGAUUCCUAUUGCGUGGUCAAGGUGGACAACGAGGUGGUGGCCAGGACAGCCACGGUGUGGAGGAGCCUGAACCUUUUUUGGGGGGAAGAAGACACCCUGCGCCUGCCCCAGGGCUUCCACAGCCUCUCCAUAUACGUGCUGGACGAAGACACCAUCGGGCAGGACGGUGUGAUCGAUGUGAUCAGCCACCAGCAGAUCUCAGUGGGGCCACGGGGCAUAGAUGGCUGGCUCAGCCUGGCACCCGUGGACCCCGAUGGGGAAGUGCAGGGUGAGAUACACCUGGAGCUGUGUGUCCCCGAGCAGGGCCACCCGCGGGUGCUGCGGUGUCACUUCAUCGAGGCCAGGUAGUUGUCCCCCACAGACCUCUCGGGCACCUCGGACCCCUUUGCCCGGGUGUCCUGCUGCGGGCAGACCCUGGAGACACAGGUGAUGGAGAAAACCCGUUUCCCAGGCUGGGAUGAGGUUCUGGAGUUGGAGGUGGUGGAGGGCGAGCCUGGGGGAGCCAUGCUGAGCGUGGAGGUGUGGGACUGGGACAUCGUGGGCAAGAAUGACUUCUUGGGACGGGUCGAGUUCCCCCUGGACACCAUCUUCACAAAGCCUCCCAAAGGCUGGUUCCAGCUCCUGCCCUUCCCCAGCACCACCAAAGAGCACGGGGGACAGCGGGGUGCCCUGAGGCUUGCUGUGAGGCUGGUGGAGGACAGAGUCCUGCCUGCCCCCUACUACCAACCGCUCAUCCAGCUCCUCACCAAGCCCAUCCUCUGCCCAGACCAGCCCCCUGCUGGCACUGCCCUGGCCAUCCUGGAGGAGGUGACUUUGGGGGACAGCCGGCAGGACGUGGCCACCAAGCUGGUGAAGAUCUUCUUGGGGCAGGGGCUGGCUGUGCCCCUCCUGGAUUAUCUCACCACCUGUGAGCUGUCCAGGACCACUGAUCCCAACACUCUCUUCCGCUCCAGCUCGUUGGCCUCCAAGUCUAUGGGGCAGCUCAUGAAGGUGGUGGGGCUGCCCUACCUUCACCAAGUCCUGAAGCCCGUGGUGAACCGCAUCUUCGAGGAUUAAAAAUGCGUGGAGCUGGAUCCCAGCAGGAUGGAGCUGAGCCACAGCAGAAGGAUCUCCUUCAAGGGGUCCCUGUCGGAGGCACGAGGGCAGGAGAGCAGCUUGGAGGUGCUGAAGGGCUUCCUGGGGGACAUCAUGGACUCCAUCGUGGGCUCGGUGGAGAAGUGUCCCCUCCUCAUGAGGGUGACCUUCUAGCAGCUCCGCCGGCGGGUGGAGCAGCGGUUCCCCUCGGCACAGCACGAGGCGGUGGGGUACUUCUCCAUCAGUGGGUUUCUCUUACUCUGGUUCUUUGCCCCUGCUGUCCUCACCCCAAAGCUCUUCCGGCUCCGGGAGCAGCACGCAGAGCCCCGCACCGGCCGCACCCUCCUGCUCCUCGCCAAGGCGAUGCAGAGCAUCGGGAACCUGGGGCUGCAGCAGGGACAGGGCAAGGAGCCCUGGAGCCCUCUCCACACCGUCCUGCUGCCCGCUGUCACCCGGGUCAAAGCUUUCUUGGAUGACCUGGUCACGGUGGAAAGCACCCAGGCAGGCGAGGGGACAGUGCCACCCUCCCUUUGGGACCCCUCGGCCACCAUCAAGGAAGGGUUCCUGCACACCCGCCCGGCUGGGGAGGGCACGGUCCUGCCCCGCUUGGCUUUCAAGAAAAGGUACUUCUGGCUCAGCAGUGAGACCCUCACCUACUCCAAGUGCCCCGAGGGGCAGGAGCGCUGCUCCAUCCCCGUGGUGCAGAUGUGGGCGGUGGAGCGGGUGGAGGAGGGCACCUUCCAGCACCCUCACGUCCUCCAGGUUGUGGCACAGAGUGGCAGCGGGCAGCUCCACACCACCUACAUCCAGUGCAAGGUGGGUGCCUCCUCACCCAGCCCCCAGCACCCUGGGAACCCCCCUAGACAGCACCUCCAGCUCCCAUGGGGACAAUGCAUUUGGGGCAAUGGUCCCAAAUCCAGCUAUGCCCAGGCACUGAGCUCCCAGGAGCUGUGGCAGUGGCUCUGGGCCCUGAGGCAGGUCAGCAGUGACAACCAGACCAUGCUGCCCACUUGUCACCGGGGCACCUUCCAUGCCGGCCGCUGGACCUGCUGCCUGCAGCCUGCCCGCACAGCUCCCGGGUGCAGCCGCACCCACAGCACGGUGGCCCUGGGCGAGUGGAGAGACCCUCUGGACCCUGCAACAGCGGUGCAGACCCUCUACGGGCACCUCUGGAGGGCGGGGGUGCUGGGGGCUGCAAGGGCAGCACAAGGUCCCAGCACCCCCCCCCCCGGGGCUGGCAGGGAGUGCAGGGGGGACUCACGCAGGAGCGUGCUGCGGGACCUGGACCUCGCCCACGAAGCCUUCGCCCGCCGGGAUGAGGCUCAAGGGCCACCCCCGAGGUCCCCCCCGGCCCCGACCCCCGCUUCGGCCCUGAGCUCCCCCCCGACUCUCACCGCUUGA